UUGUUUAUCUUUCUCUUGUCAAACGUAGCUUAACCAAAGCGCACUGCUUUUUUUGUUAAUAUUUUAAUCAUUUUAAUAUAUUUUAAUUGAGAUUCUUCUUUUAAUUUAAAUUUCUUCAACCAAAUAUUUUUUAUAAGUAUUUUAAUAUCAUUUCCAAGUAAGAAUAGUAAAAAUGAGUGCAUCGGACUUGCUAUUGAGAGCUGUGGAGUUCGAUAAGUCCGGACGUUAUAUGGAGGCUGUGAAUUUGUAUGAAGAAGGAGCAGAAGGAUUAGCAACUAUGGCCAAAAAUCAGACAGAUUCUUCAAAGAAAAAGUACCUCGAAAAUAAAAUAAAGGAGUACCGAGAUCGAGCUUGUAUAUUAAAAGAACAAAUAUUAAAAUGGUCAAUAAGAGGAGAGAUCAAAGACAAAAUUCAUAUUAUUGAGAAUUCUAAGGGACACAGUUACAAAAGUCUUUUUGGGAAAUAUCUUAAUGACGUGGUUAAAGAGAUUCUUGUAGAGGAACCUUAUUUGCGAGAAUACUUUCAAUUAACCAAUUUAGUGAUGUUCUGCGAAUUGGCAGUUUCGAGUUGUCGCAAUCUUAAAUACAUCAAUGUAAGAACGGUGUCAGUUGGAGGUGAACAAGUUGAAGCCUUUCGUCAGUUAAAAGAUAGCCUCAAGGUAGCACGAGGAAUAAAUCUGAAUGUUGAGUUUUCAGAACAUAUUCAUGAUAGGCAAAUAAUACUCAGCAAUGGAUACAUCAUAAAGAUUGGGCGAGGACUGAAUUACUUUAAAAAGGUGGAAAAAUUCUCUCUGGGUGUUUAUGACUUUGAUUAUCGCGAGUGUCGCGAAACUAAUGUAGAUAUUUUCUUUUGUCCUGAAAAUAUUAGAUGAAUCCUAAAUUUAAGAAAUAAACGCUAAAAUACAUUAAAAAAACUUGUAUGGGAAAAUAGGGGA